CGAAAGGGUCUUACAAGGAGAGAAAGCAACUUUUCUUCCGAAUUUCCGAAAUAUAGAUAACCUUCAGAUUCAUUUCAUAAGUGCCGUUCAUCAGCCAGUACUCUUGCUUUGUUUCUUUUUUUCAAGGAAGAGGUGGUUCAAGGGCUCUCGUUUUUAUUGUAACCAUGGCGAAAAAGAGUUUGUCCACCAAAAAUAAACUGAAGAGCCUGUUCUCUAAAAGCGAAGUCAACCUCGAAGAAUCUGCAGAAAAUGAUGUCAGUGGAAGCGACGGAGGCAAAAUUUUAAAACUCUUCAAGUGGAAGAAAAAGAAAAAGACUGAGCCUGAGGCCGAUAAAACCGAAGAGAAGACAGUCAGCCAGACUGAAUUGGAUGGUUCCGGAACAGGUCUGGACAAGGAUGGUAUCGAUUGGCCUAAUGGUGGAAACGGCAAGAAGCUCAAAAUGUAUGGCACCGCUCCAAGGUCAAAGAAAGGGUUACUCAGCUACUCUGAGACUGACCUCCACAAGCCCCGGAAAUUUAAAACGUUUUCUUUCGCCUGGAAAAAGAAGAGCAAGCAACGUGCAACCACGCCUUCCCAUAAUGCAACAGGGCCAGACACCCCACAGGGCCAGGAGGAGGAUGACCUGGAGGAGAGCGUGGACCUGACCCCUGACCCAGGGCACGCCACUGAUAGGCGGGUCAGAUUCUCCGACCCCGAGCCACCUGAGCCGCUGGUUAAUCUCCCUCCACCUUACGGCCCUGUUGACCAAUCAAAACCGUACAAAGAGAUACCAGACACUCCUGCUGUCCCGGCCGGGACGGCACCAGUGCAUGUGGGCGGAGAGGAGGGCCAGGAAGUGCAGGCUAAGGGCCCAGACGAGCCUGCUCCACUGACUGGGCGUGGGGAAGAGCGUGAGGAAGAGCGUGGGGAAGAGCAUGAGGAAGAGCAGAGCUCAGCGGCCUCAGCUGCUUUGGCGGCCCUCUCGCGUGCUGUGUCCCUGCGCAGUGGCCUGCCCAACACAGAGCCAGCUAGCCCCUCUCGCUCUCCCCCCACUCCGCCAGUGGCCCCCGACACUGAUUCCCCCCUCCCGGAAACAGAUCUCCCUCAUGACGACGCCUCCCUUCUCAAAAAUGAAAUCUCUGAAAUGGCCGGCCCAAUAUCUUCCCUCUCAGAGCCUGUCGCUUCCAACACUGACCUGUCUUUCCCAAAAAUUCCGCUUUCUGACACCCCUAUUCCCGACUCAGACCUCUCGUUUGCUCUUGCUGGGGAAACUAACAACUCUCUCCUCUCAGAAGUUCUUGGUGGAAUCUCUAAAACCUCCCUCCUUAGUACUGACCUGUCUGAUGCAGCUACCCUUCCUAAUACUGACAGCUUUGUCCCAAAAACUGAGGUCUGUGACACUGUCAUUCCUGAUGUCGACACCUCUCUCCCUAACACUGACCUCUCUGACACUGUUGCCCCUAAAAGCUCUGCCAAUCCAAACACCUCUCUUGCAUACACUAAUUUUUCUGAUGCCCUUUCCCAUGACAUAGAUUCAUUUUUCCCCAAAACUGAAAUCUCAAACAUUGAUGCCUUGGACCCCAGCUUUUACAGCACUGACCCCUCUGACACUACUGUUACCAACACUGACAGCUCUCACAAAAUUGAGGUCCCUGCUAGUAACCUUCCUGGCACCGAUAUCACCCUCAAAUACACUGACCUGCCUGAAACUGCUGUCUAUAACACAGGCACCUCCUCUGCCAAAAUGGAGAUCUAUAGCAGUACCAUUCCCAAAACCUCGCUUCCGUACACUGAUUUUUCUGAUGCCCUUUCCCAUGACAUGGAUUCAUUUUUCCCCAAAACUGAAAUCUCAAACAUUGAUGCUCCAGACUCUUCUAUCCCCAACACUGAUCAUUCCAGCCCUGUCAUUAUCAAAACUGUGCUCUCCCCGGCCAACGAUGAAAUUUUCUUUCCCAAAACUGACAUCUAUCAACCUGCCAACACUGACCCCUCCACCCCCAACACUGACAUCUCCAGCCCUGUCAUUAUCAAAACUGUGCUCUCCCCAGCCAACAAUGAAACCUUCUUUCCCAAAACUGACAUCUAUCAACCUGCCAACACUAACCCCUCCACCCCCUACACUGACAUCUCCAGCCCUGUCAUUAUCAAAACUGUGCUCUCCCCAGCCAACAAUGAAACCUUCUUUUCCAAAACUGACAUCUAUCAACCUGCCAGCACUGACCCCCCCAGCCCCAACACUGACCUCUUCAGCCCUGUCAUUAUCAAAACUGUGCUCUCCCCAGCCAAUGAUGAAACUUUCUUUCCCAAAACUGACAUCUAUCAACCUGUUAGCACUGACCACCCUAGCCCCAACACUGACAUCUCCAGCCCUGUCAUUAUCAAAACUGUGCUCGCCCCAGCCAACGAUGAAACCUUCUUUCCCAAAACUGACAUCUAUCAACCUGCCAGCACUGACCCCCCCAGCCCCAACACUGACCUCUCCAGCCCUGUCAUUAUCAAAACUGUGCUCUCUCAGGCCAAUGAUGAAACCUUAUUUCCCCAAACUGACAUCUAUCAAUUUGCCAACACUGACCCUUCCACCCCCAACACUGAUCAUUUCAGCCCUGUCAUUAUCAAAACUGUACUCUCCCCGGCCAACGAUGAAACCUUCUUUCCCAAAACUGACAUCUAUCAACCUGCCAACACUGACCCCUCCACUCCCAACACUGACAUCUCCAGCCCUGUCAUUAUCAAAACUGUGCUCUCUCAGGCCAAUGAUGAAACCUUAUUUCCCCAAACUGACAUCUAUCAAUUUGCCAACACUGACCCUUCCACCCCCAACACUGAUCAUUUCAGCCCUGUCAUUAUCAAAACUGUACUCUCCCCGGCCAACGAUGAAACCUUCUUUCCCAAAACUGACAUCUAUCAACCUGCCAACACUGACUCCUCCACCCCCUACACUGAUCAUUCCAGCCCUGUCAUUAUCAAAACUGUGCUCUCCCCAGCCAACGAUGAAACCUUCUUUCCCAAAGCUGACAUCUAUCAACCUGCCAGCACUGACCCCUCCACUCCCAACACUGACAUCUCCAGCCCUGUCAUUAUCAAAACUGUGCUCUCCCCAGCCAACAAUGAAACCUUAUUUCCCAAAACUGACAUCUAUCAACCUGCCAGCACUGACCCCCCCAGCCCCAACACUGACCUCUCCAGCCCUGUAAUUAUCAAAACUGUGCUCUCUCAGGCCAAUGAUGAAACCUUAUUUCCCAAAACUGACAUCUAUCAACCUGCCAGCACUGACUCCCCCAUCCCCAACACUGACCUCUCUGAUGGUCUUGCCCCCAACACUGAGAACAUUAUCACUUCCUAUGCAGAUGUUCACCUCAGAAACACUGAUCUUUCUGCUCCAAAUCUCCCCAACAUUAACUCCUCCCUACAAAACACUGACCUUUCUAACAGUGUUACUUCCAACACUGAUGAGGUCUCUGAUGUUGACAUAUCCCACCCUGAGCUCUCUAGCCAUGUCAUUAUCGACACUGUGCUCUCCUUGGCCAAAGAUGAAGCCUCCUUUCCCAAAACUGACAUCCAUCAACCUGCCAACACUGACCUCCCUAACAGUGUUACUCCCAACACUGACAUUUCGCCCCAUUACACAGAUCUUUCUGAUGCUGUUGAAAUCACAAAUGUUGUUGCCCAAGACAUUCACAACUCAGAUCCACGUUUUCCUAACAUUGACUCCUCCACUGCCAACACUGACCUCUCUGAUGGUCUUGCCCCCAACACUGAGGUCACUAAUGAUGUCCCUUCCCAUACAGAUUUCCCCCUCAGAAACACUGAUCUUUCUGCUAUGAAUUUCCCUAAUAUUGACUCCUCCCUACAAAACACUGACCUCUCUAACAGUGUUACUUCCAUUACUGACGAGGUCUCUGAUGUUAUCACUCCUCACCCUGACCUCCCUAGCCCCGAUGAGGCCUCCUUUCCCAAAACUGACAUCUAUCAACCUGCCCACAUUGGCCUCUCCCUUCCCCUUCACCUGAAAGUUGACUUGCCAAGCCCUGGCCUGUCUGUCACUGAGAACCUCCAUCCUUUCGAUCCAAGUGCCGAUGACUUGGAGCGUUCUCACCCUGACACCGCUGACCAGGAUUCAACAGUUAAUCUCUCAGUCGAAAUUCCUGACACUAUCAGUGACAGACAGGAAGCAGGGAUGCAGGAAGACGAGUUGGAUAGGGGUCUGGCAGCAGCAGAGACGGGCAGACAGUGUGAGGGUGGACAGGAGCCACGGUGGGAUACAGAACAUAUCCCCAGAGGCCCUCAGGAAAACGAGACUGGUGAUGUCAUAGUGGUGGCUCCUCCCAAUCAGGAAGAGGACCUGGAUGGGCAAGGGGAAGUGGGUGUGCCCUAUCAAGAAUGUAAAGAUGGAGGACUAAUAGAAGAAACUAAGGAAGAGUUGGAGCAAUGGAGAGAGGACAGGCAAAGACAGGAGGAAACGGCAGAGAAGGCGAUAGAAAAGGUGGCAGCGGGCAGACUGAACUUGGAGGAGGUGGAAGUUGAGGGGCAGGAUGGAGAGAAAGUUGCAGAGGCACUGAAGGAGGAAGGGAAGAGAGGGCUGCAGGUAGAGUACCUUGAGGUAUUGGGGCAGAAGGAACAGGUGAAAGAAGAGAUGGAGGUGGAGGUGGAACAGCGUCCCCAGUUGCCUGCCAUGAAACCAGACUCACCUGUUCAGCAGGACUGUGUGCCUCAGGAAUGUGAUCCAGCCCCUCCCUCACCCACGACUGAAGGGGCGGAGCUCCCACUCAACCGGAUAGUGGCAACAGAGAAACACCCCUGUGUACUGUUUUCAGAAGAGAAAACGGCAGAAAAGGAAGAUCGCUGGACUGCCAACAUACACAACACACAGAGAGAAAGCAUUCUCACUGACACUGUUUCUGAGACCACACACACACUCACUGACACCGUUACAGAGGCUGCACACACACUCACUGAUACAGUUACCGAGGCAGCACCCACACUCACUGAUACAGUUACAGAGAGUGAACACACACUCACUGACACAGUGACAGAAGAGAUAGACUCCACACACACUUCCACACUCGGUGACACAUCUACAGGAACAGAAGACCUUCUACCGUCCUUUUCCUCACCAGCCCCUGCUGUACAGGCCAGUCGCUUCCUGGAUGACCUGUCGGGUCCCUGGGGGCCUGCAGAAGAGAGUGUGAGUCCGGAGGUUGAGGAGGACCCGGACACGAUGAACUCCGGCUACGGUGUCCUGAGCACCACCCUCACGGUGAAGCCCGCCGUGCCGCGCGACGUGAAGGAUGACGGGCGGCAGCGCUUCCACAAAGUGUCCCUGGUCAGCGGCUACGACGAGCCGGGCAGGGACCGCAGCUCCAGCCCUGUCGCAGGGCGGUACGAGCUCGAACGCAGUCCCACCGGGUCGGAGACGCUGAGGGUGUUCCUGUCCCGGGAGGAGAAAUCCGAGCCACAGCCUGGCUCAGAAUCCCUCGGUCCCUUAAAGUCAGGCUACUCCCCCGCCUUCCUGGACACGCCACGCCUCCCUUCCGCCGACACCAACCACGGAGCGGGUUUCGCCGCGCCCUCCCCGGAAGAGCCCGGUUCCUACGGCAACGGCGGCUCGUCGAGCGAGAGGAGCGAAGUUCACUCGAGCUGGGAGCCUGAGCCAGGGAGGUGGGACAGGGCGGAGCUAGCAGCACCUGCGGAGGAGCGAGGGAGGGAGGGAGAGAUAAAUUCAGGCUCGGACUCGCACUGGCUGACAGACGGCGGCUUCUCCCCUACGCAGGCGGACGUCCCUUUCUCCGGAGUGUUCACAGCCACGCGAGUGAACCUGCUGCCCUCCCCCACCUCCCCGGACCUGGGCUCCCCCUAUGACAUGGACACCCUGGUGGACACGCUCAAGAGCAUGGACCCCCCUCAGAGACCCAGACUAUCGAGGCCCCCACCCUUAUCCACCAUGGCCUCCCUGCCCCCCAUCGUGGAGGACUCCCCGGUGCAGGCGCCCAAGGUGCAGAACGGGACCAGCAGCCCGCUCAGCCUGCCCAUGGACCUGGGGCUGAAGUGGAACUUGUCCAAGGACCCGGUGUCCCCGCUGGAGAUGAUGAAGAGGCAGGCCGAGGUGGACGGCGGGGACCAGCGCUCGCGCCCCCUCCCGCUGCGCGCCUCGGCCGACAGCAGCAUCGUCUUCCGCAAGAUCCCCCCAGCCAGCCCGUCCCCCGAGGGCCCCGCCACCUCCCCCCAGCUGAACGGCGGCCCCUCUCCCAGCCCCUCCCGGCUGGACGGCAGCCUGCUCUUCUCCAGCUACCGGCUGGAGAACGGGAAGCCCCAGUCCACCCGGCCCCUGACCCGCACCGCCUCCCUGCCCGACUCCGGCCCCAAGGAGCGCCUGAGCAGCGGCCCCUCCAUGUCCGCCGCCGACCCCCAGACCACCUCCCGCUACGAGCGCUUGUCCUUCCUCAUGUCCCCCUCCGCCUCCCUGCCCGACGCCCCGGAGCCCGCCCGCAUCAGCCGGCCCCCGGCCCUUUCCCUGGGCCCCCUGGGGGAGCUGGGCUUCAGCCUCGGGCCCUCCAGCCCUAUGGACCUGCUCCACUCGCCCUCAAUGGAGUCCCACUCCAUCCUGCAGCGCAGUCUCAGCGUGGAGUCCCCCCUCGCUAAAAUGGGCUCCUAUAUACCCCCCCAGCAGGAGCCAGAGAGGCCUGCCGUCAUCAAGUACAGGGCUUUCCCCGAUGCCUAUCGCACAAAGGAGAAGGAGCAUGGCAAGCUGAACCCACGCCCGGGAAAGCUGUUAAUCUAUACUCAGCCAGGCUUGAAGGGGGAGAGGAUUGAGAUACGAGGCGAUGUCCUCGAUGCCACGACCUGGGAUCUUCCAGAAACCAUCUACAUUCGGGUGAUCAGAGGAGGGUGGGUUCUCUACGAGAAACCUAACUUCAAAGGGGAAAAGGUUGCUUUGGAUGAAGAGGACGUUGAGCUCCCCUACCCAUUCCGAUCACCAGAGGAAGAGCAGGAAGUGGAAGGUGAAAAGAAUGGCCAAAAGGAAGGUGAAGAGGAAGUGAAGUCACAGCCCAGCAGGAAGUUUGUCAUCGGCUCCCUGCGCAGAGCAGUUAGGGAUUACAGCGUUCCUGAGAUAAGCCUGUUCCCUGAGGAGAAUGCGGAAGGGAAGAAGGUGAUCUUCAGGGACACGUCGGAGGACGCCCGGAUCUUCGGCUACCCCGUCAAAGCCAACUCCAUCAUCAUCAAAGCUGGGCUGUGGCUGGUGUACGCCCACCCGUUCAUGCAGGGAGUCCCGCGCGUGCUGGAAGUGGGCGGGUACACCAAUCCAGCCGCCUGGGGUGUCACCAAACCUUACGUGGGCUCUGUGCACCCGCUCAAAAUUGGGGAACCAAGAGUUGAGAAACCCAAUGAGCCAAAGUUGGUGGUCUUCGAUAAGCCUUACUUCUCAGGGAAGUCUCGUGAUGUCUACACCCAUCUGCGUGACUUUCUGACUCGCACGGAUAUGAAGCAGACCGCUUUCAUGAGCAGCGCCGGCUCUAUCAAAGUAGUUGGAGGCUGCUGGGUGGGCUACUCCAAAGAGGGGUUCCGGGGGCACCAGUACCUGCUGGAGGAGGGCGAGUACCAGGACUGGAGAGUGUGGGGAGGCUGCGACUCGGAGCUGCGCUCUGUACGCCUCAUCAGAGCGGACUUCACCGAGCCCGUGCUGGUAAUGAUCGCCCAGCCUGAGGAGGAGGAGCAGGAGGAGGAGAAGAUGACCUUCGAGGUGACUGAGGCCAUCCCGGACGUGGAACCCUUCAACUACCCCACCUCCACCCAGUCCAUCCACGUGCUGAGCGGGGCGUGGAUUGCCUACUCCCACGUGGAUUUCUCAGGUAACCAGUAUAUCCUCGAGAAAGGUUUCUACAACAACCCUGGGGACUGGGGAGCAUCAGACAACAAAAUUUGCUCUAUACAGCCCAUCCUACUGGCUCCGACUGAAACUCCCACCAACAGGAACCAGGUCCUGCUGUACUCUGAGCCAGACUUCCAGGGCCAGUGCCAGCUGUGCCAGGAGAACAAGGACUCUCUGCCAGAGGAGUUCCUCAUAAAGUCCUGCAGAGUGCUGAGGGGCAGUUGGGUGGUGUAUGAGGGGCGUGAGUAUUCAGGAAACCUGUACAUCUUGCCAGAGGGGGAUUACCCAAAUCUCAACAGCAUGGGCUGCCCUCCCAGCUGUUCCCUGCGCUCACUCAAGAUUGUCCCGCUGAUUUUUGCAGUGCCUUCCAUCUCUCUCUUUGGGCUAGAGUGUUUUGAAGGUCGUGAGGUCACUCUGGAAACAGAGAUGGGGAACCUCGUAGACGAGGGCUUCAACAACCACGUGCUGUCAGUCAGGGUCAACAGCGGCUGUUGGGUGGUGUGUGAGCACAGUAACUACAGGGGGCGCCAGAUCCUGCUGGAGCCCAUAGAGGUCCCCAACUGGCUCAAGUUCAGUGGGAUCCCCACUAUCGGCUCCAUGCAUCCUAUCAGACAGAAGCGUCACUUCUUCCGCAUCAAGAACCAGGAGCGCGGUCACUUCAUGUCCAUCCAGGGCGGGGUGGAGGAGAUGAAGUCAGGUCGAGUUGUGGUGACGGAGGAGGUGGAGAGCAUGAGUGACAUCUGGUUCUACCAGGACGGCCUCAUUAAGAACAAGCUGGCCCCCAGCAUGUGUCUGCAGGUCAUGGGGGAGGUGGAGGAGGGGGCGAAGGUGGUGCUGUGGUCUGAGACGCGCCAACCCAUCCAGCUCUGGACCGCCCAAACCAGCGGAAUCAUCCGGAGCCUGACCUUCCAGGGCAUUGCGCUCGACUUGAAGGGAGGGAAGACUUAUGACCGGAACCACGUGAUCAUUCACAGGGAGAGUGAGGAGAGACCCACCCAACAGUGGGAGAUUGAGCUGUUAUAGCCCCGCCCCUCUCCUCUCCUGCUCUCGCCCUGCCCCUGGCCCUUGGGAUAACCUCCCCAAACCUGUAGACCUCAUAGCAGGAGUGCCCAUUUUGACUUGCCACAGAUGGAUAUCACUUGUAGGGGGCACUGUUGAGCCCACCUGCUUUUCCCCUCAGUUACAUAGGCCCACUUUUGAAUGGCUCUUUUGGGUUACUCUUGAAACCUUUCUUUUGUAAUGUAUAGUCAUUCAAGGGCCUCGGUGUUCUGUGGAGAAAUAACUCAAUUGUACAUACUUUAGAGAAUAUUCUGUGGGAAGAAAACCCUGUUCUGUGAGGAGAGAAACUGCUUUCUGCGACAAUUCCCUUUCUGUCAGGAGAAAACAUCCUUUCUGUGAGAAAUGAACCCACUUUCAUUCAUCAGAAAAAGGAAUGCAACCUUGAGAGAAUGGAAGAAGGAACAGGACAACAGAUUUGCACCUAGUCUGCUCUGUGCAUAGACUCCAGCUUGUCCGACAGUGGAACCGCCAUUCUUGUUACAUCUUUUUGAAGUGACCUACCCAUCAUGCCCAGGGAGAAAAACGGGGGAAGUAUAGGCAAUCACUGGCCAUUCUCCCAUUUCAUGCUUGAAUACAGUCAUUCUGUGACAGAUAGAGAAAUUAAAUCUGUUGUACAGAACCAAAUGGAAUUACAUGUCUUCUGUGCACACAUGGACUUAUGUAGUGCUGCAAGGCUCUACCGUGUGCACAAUGUGUCUGCAUUUACAGAGUUAUUAUACUUGUUUUAUUUGUGUUAUUCUAUUUCUUUUAUAUUAUGGGGUGAAAGCUAUUUUUAUAUUCAUUAUGUAGUCAUAGUAUCCAGAGAGUGCCUUGGAGAAGCCACUCAGGGUUAAAUGCAAGUCAGUGUUGACACUAUUUUUUAUUGUGGUGUUUUAUUUAUGUGGUCUUCUAAUGGUUUGGUAGUAUUACUGUUCCGUGAAAAGUGUCAAAGUCCAUAUUCGUAUUUGAGUUAACAAAAAAAUAUGUCUAUAAAAUAUUGUAAACCUGUCCCAAAACUGUACUUUAUAAUGGAAAAACUACAUUGUGAAAAGUUUUUGUAAUUGGGAGUGGUUUUCAAAUAAAAGGAAGUAAAAUAAAAAUAAAGGUUACAUGUAUUGAAUGCAUUAAAAAUGCUAACUUCAGCUGA